CAAUCACGUGAUCCAAUAUGGAUGUCUGUGAAUGUUGCAAAUAUAAAUCUUAGUCUUUUUGAAUAUCGGAGAAAUGCCUGGACCCCUUGAGCGAUGGCUCGAAACGUUUAUGUGUGGACAAUUUGCUGAUAAUUUUGAGAGAUACGGCUAUCGAACACUCCAAACAGUAUGUCAAAUGCAGUUACCACAGUUAUUGUCCAUUGGAAUACCACAGAAAGAGAGUGAAAUCAUUCUUCAAAAUGUGCAGAUUUUGAGACAGUCCACUGCUGCAGUUGCCCAGCAACAAAUUCAACAUGGAAUUAGCAGUAGCUAUAAUAACACAUUGUCACAUGAUCCAACCAGUGCAACGUCUUUCCAGAACAGGGAUGUUUUGCAAGAACAUACGACUUACAUGGGUUCUGAUAGUAGCUGUUUUAACUAUGGCAACCAGAGUUCAGGCUUAAGUGGUCAGUUUUACAAUCAAGGUGUGGCUCAGUCUAUUGAUUCAAUGAUGAGCUCUGCUUACAGGCAACAAUAUCAGGGAUCGUCAUUUCCCCAACAGAUUUCAGAUGGAAAUCAGUUCUCAAAUAUGGGAAUUCCUUCUCCAUCAUCCAGUUCAGCUUCUGGAGCAUCACAUCGUGCUUUUCAAGGACAGGUUCCUGGUUCCCCUUUGAUGGGCCAGACUAACAUGCAUCAUUCACAUCCUCAUUUGAGAAAUUCUGGUCAAAAUCCGCAAGAGGUGGCUAAUAAUAUUUUACAUAUGGCAGCAUCAUCGUAUCCCACAAAUAAUACUGUACAAGUGCCACUAUCGAAAAAUAGAUCUGCACCAUAUCAUAUGCCAUCAAGAUCACCAAAUUACAAUUCCAAAAUUCAAGAUAAUCAACAGCUCAUGUGUUCAGAUUACAACCAAGGACAGUUUGCAUACCCUAGCCCACCUCAUCAGUCACAGCUGCACAUGCAGUCCAGGGAUUCUAGACUGUCACCAAUAAGUCCUGCCUCUGCCAGUAUGAUGUCUAGUCCACACUCCCACCAUAGUGGACGUAAUGUACCAAGCUCCAGUCCAUGUUCGAUGCAUAGUCCAAACAAAGGAGUAGUGAGAUCUCCAGGCCCAAAUCCCCAACUUAUAAAUUCACCACAACGGGGUCAGUACCAAAUGAUGUCGCCAAUGAAUACCUCAAAUCAAAGACUGAUUUCUUCAAUUCCUGCCAAUCAGCAACUCAAAGUCUCUGUUCCGUCUUCCUUGCCACAAACUUUCCAGCAGUGUUACUAUGGGAAUAUGAUGAAUACUUCGCAGUAUCCAAACUUCCAGCAACCAAUGUCUGUACAAUUUUCACCUAGUUCAAUCUCACAACCCUCUACAAGUGGACAGUUAAGUAAUUCCCCUGGUAAUUUUCCAGCACAUUCCCCAGGUGGUCAUAGUGGGCAUUUUAGUAACAUAUCAUCUCCCUACACUCCUGGAUCAGGUAAUUACCUUAGUCCAGGUCAACCUCAUAAUUCUCCAUCUGUGUCUCAACAUAUGACUGAUAGAAGUUUAGCAAGUUCACCAAACUUAAAACAAUGUAAUAGCCCUCUGCAAUCUCUUCAGAAACUGUGUAUGCUACCAGAGGUUCAAGUUGUUGAUCCUAAAACUGUAGUUAAAGAAGCUUGUGUUCAUUCUCAAGGAGAAUCAUUAGAAGAAAAACUUUUAGAAAACAAUUCACCAUUGCCUGUGUCUUCAAGUGCACCAUUGGAUACCAAUUUCUCAUCAACCUUUAACGAAUUAGCUCCUUGUAAUUUUGAGUCUGAAUUGACACAAAGUAAUUCAGAUAGAGCAGCUGUGAGCCCUAAUGUGAAAUUUCAGCCAAAAGAAGUUAUGUUACUAAAAGAAGCAAAAAAUGAUUUAAGUUCACCUCAAAGUCAAGAUACUGUUCAAUAUUUUAAUGUUAGAUCGGAGAUUGAUGAUACAAAACAGUAUACUUUGGAAUCCGUUGAAAGUAUAGAAGACAAAUCAAAGGAAAAUAAAAAUUUAGAUGAUUCUCCAAAGUCGGAUAAAACAAAUUCAGAAAAUAUUGAUAGUGAGAAGAACUUAUUAAAGGGUGACACAGACAAUAAGGUUGUUCAUGGUUCUUCAGAGGAUCAAACUUGUGCUGAAAACUUUGUUGGUGGAUCUACAAAUGAUCAUGUAGAAUCUAACUUGGAAAAUAAGACUUCAGAUAAUUUGAAAACAGAUUCUGUAAACAAUGAAGGAAGUUUUGAAGGUAAACAAGAUUCUAGUCAGAGUAAGCAAACUUGUGAUACUGGCUCUGAAAAAGGUGCUGACACCACUGAAAAUGUGCAAUUUAAUUCAGCAGACAUUGAUCAAGGAGCUAAAGUGCAAUCAAAAGAUGUUGAAAUGGCAUUUGAUUCUGAAAGUUCUUUGAGUGGAAAUGAUACUCAGCUGCUUGUGUGUAAAGAUGUGAAGAAAACCUACAGUAAGCAAGAGAUAUUAAAGAGUUUUGAGAUAAGCCCAAGAUUAAGAGGUGAUAGUACUGGUUCAUUAAGCGAUGAACGUGCAAACAGUGAUUAUGAAUAUGAAGACCAUAUAGGGUGUGAUGACAUAGAAACCGGUUUUAGUGAUAUUGAUAGUAAGUCAAAUGAGAUGGUUGAAGAGUCGGUUGAUGAUGCAAAGGAUUUGGAAAAUGAUAUUACAAAUGGAAGUGUUUUAAUAGAUAGGGUUGUGAUUACUGGUCCCUCUUGGAAAAAAAAUAGCAUUAAAAAUAGUGUUUGUUCACGUCAAAAGCGUAGAAAAAAUGGGCACAUGAAAAGAGAGCGUUUCAUACAGUCUUUAUCAGACUCUGAUGAUGUGCCAAGUCCACUGGGUGGUGAUGUUGUUGAUGGUUUAGAGGAUCCAAUAAGUGUAGAUAAUGGUGAUGGAACAGUCACGGUGAGAAGAUCAUCUCAUAUAAGACAAAGAAAAACUCCUGUUAAGUACAAAGAUACCUCAUUUUUUCAGGGAGAUUUUGUUUUGAUUGAUGGACAAGAUGAACCUAAAAGAAAAAUUGUUAAGAAAAGCAUCAGUAUGAACCAUAAUGCAAAGCAAAAUGGUGUUGUAAAAAAAUCUGAUAAAAACUAUAAUAGUAUCAACUCAAAUGAUUCGCCUAAACUGAAAAUCAAUGUGAAACAAAAAGACAAAAGUUAUGAAGAUGAAAAUGUUGUAAAGAAUUUGGAAAGUACCAUGAAACUUUUAGCAAAGCAGGAAGAAAAAAUGAGUAAAAGUGAACAGGAAAAAAAUUCAUGUUCAGUGAAUAAUAUUAAAGUUCUUACAAGAGGGGAAGAUGGUACAUUUAAGGAAUUAAAAACAGUAACUAUUGUAAAGGCUCUUCCAAAAGAUGACUUGGUGAGAAAUAGUGGAUCUAAAUCUGGUUUGAUUACUCAACUGCCAAAGUCAGAUUCAAAACACACACCUAUUCAGACAGCUACAGUUAUGACCAGGAAGUCUUCUAAGCGAGAAUGUAAUAUAGAAAAGAGUGAAAGUACCAAUGUAAAGAAAAAAGUUUCUAGAAAGCAUAUCAAUGGUGUUAGAGCAGAUACUAUAAAUGGUGAAACAAAUGAAAGAAUUUCUUCAGGUAGCCUUUCAGUGAACCAAAAUAAUGAAAAAAUAAACAGAACUAAGAAAUCAAAAGCAUUGUCUAGGAAUAAAGAUAAGUCAGAUGAAGACAUUGAAGUUAUUGAAAUUGAUUCUGACGAUAGUGAAGGUGCUGGAAAUAACAAUGGUGCUGAUAUAAAGGUAACUAAAUUACGAAAUGAAGAAAAAACAGUUCCAAAGACUAAUAGUAUCACUGUGGGAUGUUCAAAUGCAGUGACUGAAGAUGUGAAAGAAGGCAGAGGAUUUAUGUUUUCUCUUGUUGAAGAUGAAGUAGUUGACAAACACUUAAUUGAAGGUAUUCAAACUGAUCUCAAAGAAAAAUCUGAAGAAAGUGAGAAUUGCAUUGAACCAGAGACUUCAGUAAAAAGGUUAAGUAAAAAGUCAUCUUCUGGGUCAAAUAACAGAGGUAAUAACUCAAGUUGUAGGACCAAAUCAAGUGGUAAAGUUGUUAAAAGAAAAUAUUUGUCUGAUGAUGAUCCUGAUUUUGAAGUGGGGUCCAGUAAACGACAAUGUAAGUCAAAUAGAAUUGAUAAAAAUACUGAUAAUUCUGCUUCUAAAAAAAGUAAAAAGAAAUCGGACAAAUGGGCAAAUUUCAAAGGACCAAAAAUCAUAUUUGAAGGAAUGAAACAAACUCCUAAACAUUGUGUUGUGAUAAAUGACCCAUAUGAAGAAACUGCCUCUAAAAAAACAAAAACUGUGACUCAGAAUAUGACCAGAAUUGAGAUCUCACAACUUCCAUCGGACAAAUCAGUUCUUAUUCCAAACAAUGAAACUACUGAAAUUGAAGCAUGGUCUUGUGCUCUUUGUGGUAAACACAGUAGCUUCAAAUUUCUGGGUGAUCUCUUUGGACCAUAUACUGUUGAGACAAUGUCUGACGACAUGCUAGAAUUGAGUCCGAAAGUUCGACUUGGUACUAAAAAGAAAAAGGCUGAGGACAGUGGCAAUAAGAAUGGUAAGUCAAGGAGGCGUUCUAGUAGUGUGACUCAGGAAGUUGGUGACUGGAAGGAAGUGUGGGUCCAUGAAAGCUGUUCAGUGUACUC